CCCUCUCCUUUCUCUCCCCCUCAAGAUUCCCACUCUCAACUUUCCACACCUUAAAAAUUACCUCUUCCCUCUCCUUCCUUCCUUACCUCCCUGACCUCCCUUUUUGUGUCUCUCGCUUUUCCUCGAUUUGAUCCACAAUGGCCGCUGCAACUGCAACCUCACCUCGCGAGGAAUUCGUUUACAUGGCCAAGCUGGCCGAGCAAGCCGAGCGCUAUGAAGAGAUGGUGGAGUUCAUGGAGAAAGUCUCUACCACCGUUGAGAAUGAGGAGCUUAGCGUGGAGGAGAGGAACCUCCUCUCCGUGGCUUACAAGAACGUGAUCGGUGCUAGGCGUGCCUCCUGGCGCAUCAUCUCCUCCAUAGAGCAGAAGGAGGAGAGCCGUGGCAAUGAGGACCACGUUGCCGUGAUCCGUGACUAUCGGGCCAAAAUCGAGUCCGAACUCUCCUCGAUCUGCGACGGGAUCUUGAAGCUGCUCGACUCGAGGCUCAUUCCGUCUGCUACUGUUGGUGAUUCUAAGGUGUUUUAUCUCAAGAUGAAGGGAGAUUACCAUAGGUACCUGGCUGAGUUCAAGACAGGCGCAGAGCGUAAAGAGGCCGCUGAGAGUACUCUCACCGCUUACAAAGCUGCUCAGGAUAUUGCAAACACUGAGCUCGCUCCUACUCACCCGAUCCGCCUAGGAUUGGCCUUGAACUUCUCUGUUUUCUACUAUGAGAUCCUCAAUUCCCCUGAUCGCGCUUGCAAUCUUGCGAAACAGGCUUUUGAUGAGGCAAUUGCUGAGUUAGAUACUCUUGGGGAGGAGUCUUACAAGGACAGCACUCUGAUCAUGCAACUCCUUCGUGACAACCUCACUCUCUGGACCUCCGAUAUGCAGGAUGAUGGGGCAGAUGAAAUUAAAGAAGCACCCAAGCGUGACGAGGAACAACAACCACAGCAGUAGCAUUGACCAUGCUCUACUACAAAUUAGGGGAUGAUUGAACUUCUCCGUCAUAUGUUUUUUACUGGAGAAGAUGCUGGUUUGUUAAUUUACCUGCUAUUAUGAAAUUUUUAGUCAUUCUUGUCCUAUUAAAUCGUCCAUGUACUGAGAAUUAUUUUUGUUUUUAUUUUUCUCCUUUUUAGUUUGCCUUAUUGAUUCUCUGUGGCCUUUCUCUUGUUGAAGAUAUUAAAGCCAUAUUUUAUUA